AUGGGAGGUAACUCAACAAAGAUUAGAGGUCUGAACAAAUUUGUAGAAUGGAAAGAGGAGCACAACCUGUUUGAGAUUGAUUUUAGUGGUCCGAGAUUCACUUGGUCAAAUGGUAGGAAAGGGAAUGACAGAAUAUUGGAAAGAUUAGACAAGGCUUAUGCGAACUCAUGCUGGCAAAACAUCUUCCCACAAGCCUAUCUGAUUCAUGGGGCAAUCGCAAUCUCCAAUCAUGCACCCAUAAUCCUUAUGACUGAACCCCAGAAGAAGAAAGUUAAGAGGAACUACAAGGUGGAGGCUUGGAGUUUAGAGUACAAACAAUGCGAGAUAUUAGCAAAGGAAAAAUGGAGUAAAAGGGUGAAUGGCUCCCCUAUGUACCAGUGUGCCAGGAAAAUACAAUAUUGCAGGGAGGGUCUAAAAAAAUGGAGCUUAGACAAGAGAAAGGAAUGGCAAGGCAAGUGGGACAUUUUUGAAAAAGACUUAAUCGAGGCACAACUUAUAAUGGAGGACACAGGAAAUGAUGAAAAGUUUGAACAGAUAAAGGCCAGAAUGGAGGAAUACUCUGGUAACAUGGCUAACUACUGGAAACAACAGGAAAAGAUAAAAUGGAAUUGUGAAGGGGAUGCGUGCUCGAGAUAUUUUUUCAACUUUGUUAAGAGUAGGAAAGCAAGAAAUAAAAUUGAAGGGGUGAAAGAUAUGGAAGGCAAUUGGAUCACAUAUGAAGGAGAGAUUGCCCUUAUGUUCAAUAAUAUUUCAAAGAAAUCUUCAACUCUAAGUUAA